ACAUGACUAUAUUGAAUGCUUGAGCGACUCUUUUGUCUAUUGUGACUUGAAACCCUUAACAUUAUAAAAAACAAAGACCUCUCUUUCCUUAAAACACCAAAAAGAAAAUAUGGACAAGACCGAUCAAACAGCCAUUGAUGGCUCAGCUCUAGAGCUUAACCGCACUGAGAAAACGGCAGAGGCGGUCGUGCGAGUAGUAUCAAUGGCUCUAAGUAUUGCGGGUCUCGUGAUCAUGAUCAAGAACUCCAUCUCCAACGACUUUGGCUCUGUUUCUUACUCAAAUCUUGGAGCUUUCAUGUAUUUGGUGAGUGCUAAUGGCGUUUGUGCUACGUAUUCUCUUAUUUCUGCUCUCGCGAUAUUAGCCCUUCCAUGUCCAAUAAGCAAGCACCAAGUCUGGACAGUGUUCUUGCUUGAUCAGGUGGUCACCUACCUGGUUCUAGCGGCUGGGUCUGUAUCUGCAGAGACGGUUUACUUAGCAUACUAUGGAAACAUACCCAUUACUUGGAGCUCUGCUUGUGACUCCUAUGGAAUCUUCUGUCACAAGGCAUUAGAAUCGGUUGUGUUCACAUUCGUUGUCUCCCUUCUCUAUAUGUUACUCUCGCUUAUCUCUUCGUAUCGACUCUUCAGCAGAUUUGAAGCACCCUAAGCACCGAAGUUGAAGAAUACAGAAAGAAAGAAAAAGUAACAAAGAGGGACAGAACACAGACAUAUAUAUGGUCCUGUUUGGUUGAAUACUUGAAGUGAAAGAGUACUUUGAAUAAAAGAGUAACCAAAUAUUAAUGUUUUUCUCUAAUUGAUUGAUUUAUCCUUUUUUGAGUUUUCAGAUAAUCGGAUUUAGUCGGUUGAACUA